UAUCACCCCCGGCCCGGCCACUUCCCGGCCGCGGCCAGGCGAGCCUCCCAAAGUUUCCUGUGACGCCGCCGCCCGCCUCCGGCCGCAUCCCGCCCACACUCCCACCCCGGCGGCCCUGGACACCGGCUAGAGAGAAGCGAGUUACAGGGACGAGGAGUGCUGAGCCACCAGGAGGGCCGCGCGACCCCACCCAAGCUGGGGAGCAAGCCCGGAGGGCGGCGGCCGACGCUCCACGCCUCCCCUCGCCACGCCCGCAGCCCCCGGUCCGCGCGCGCCCACCGGGCCUGGUGCCCGAGUCCCACCCCUCCGGGGUCCAGGCCAAUCGGCCGCGCCCCGCCUCCAGGGAGGUGGUGGAAGAGGGGGUUGGGGGUCGGGAGGCAGUGCCCGCCUUCGGCGGGUGCCCAUUGGCUGAGACCUCGAGGGUGCCCGGAGACCGGAGUGCAGCUGGAUUGGCCGCGGAGGCUGGUGACAGCAGCGCUCAUUGGUUGUGGCGGCCCCCGUGACGCGGGGUGGCGACUGGCUCCCGUGUCUGAGGGGCUCCUGCUUGUCAGGUUCUAGCUCAUGUUUUCUGCCUAGACAUAUGACCAUUCCCGUGAGACUUCACUGCACGUUUUCUCAAGUGUCUUCCUCAUCCCUAAUGUGUAAUCAUUCAACAUGGACCUGCUACUUUAGCUAAGAUAUGACCAGCAACGAAUAGUAGUAAGAUAUGUGCUGAUUAGACGGCUCAAUUGUGCAGCGUGGAGGAUAAGACACAGUGCCUUACAAAAAUGGGGUUUGGGAGUGACCUGAAGAAUUCACAUGAAGCUGUGUUAAAAUUGCAAGACUGGGAAUUACGGUUACUGGAAACAGUGAAGAAAUUUAUGGCCCUGAGAAUAAAAAGUGAUAAAGAAUAUGCAUCUACUUUACAGAACCUUUGUAAUCAAGUUGAUAAGGAAAGUACUAUCCAAAUGAAUUAUGUCAGCAAUGUAUCCAAGUCUUGGCUACUUAUGAUUCAGCAGACGGAACAACUUAGUAGGAUAAUGAAGACACAUGCAGAGGACCUAAAUUCUGGGCCCUUACACAGGCUCACCAUGAUGAUCAAAGACAAGCAGCAGGUGAAGAAGAGUUAUAUAGGUGUUCAUCAGCAGAUAGAGGCAGAGAUGAUCAAGGUUACAAAGACAGAAUUAGAGAAAUUAAAAACAAGCUAUAGACAAUUAAUAAAAGAAAUGAAUUCUGCCAAAGAGAAAUAUAAAGAAGCUGUAGCUAAAGGGAAAGAAACUGAAAAGGCUAAGGAACGUUACGACAAAGCCACGAUGAAACUUCAUAUGUUGCAUAAUCAGUAUGUAUUGGCAUUGAAAGGGGCGCAGCUUCAUCAGAAUCAGUAUUAUGACACUACACUUCCUCUGCUUCUGGAUUCCUUACAAAAGAUGCAAGAAGAAAUGAUAAAAGCACUGAAAGGUAUAUUUGAUGAAUACAGCCAGAUAACCAGUCUUGUUACAGAGGAAAUAGUGAAUGUCCAUAAAGAGAUUCAAAUGUCAGUUGAACAGAUAGACCCUGGCACAGAAUACAAUAAUUUCAUAGAUGUUCACAGAACGACGGCUGCUAAGGAGCAAGAAAUUGAGUUUGAUACUUCCUUACUAGAAGACAAUGAAAAUCUACAGGCAAAUGAGAUUAUGUGGAAUAAUUUAACAGCAGAAAGUUUGCAAGUAAUGUUGAAAACUUUAGCAGAGGAACUUAUACAGACACAGCAGAUGCUUUUAAAUAAGGAGGAAGCUGUCCUGGAGUUAGAGAAGAGGAUUGAGGAAUCUUCUAAGACCUAUGAAAAGAAGUCUGAUAUUGUACUUCUGCUAAGCCAAAAACAGACACUUGAAGAGCUAAAACAGUCAGUCCAGCAGCUGAGAUGCACUGAGGCAAAGUUUACAGCACAGAAAGAAUUGCUAGAGCAAAAAGUACAAGAAAAUGAUGGGAAAGAGCCACCUCCAGUAGUAAAUUAUGAAGAAGAUGCGCGAUCAGUUACAUCUAUGGAAAGGAAGGAGAGGCUGUCCAAAUUUGAGUCUAUUCGUCAUUCAAUUGCUGGAAUCAUUAGGUCUCCAAAGUCUGCACUGGGCUCUUCAACAUUCUGUGAUACGAUCCCCAUUAUUGAGAAGCCUCUGGCAGAACAGGAUUGGUACCAUGGUGCAAUUCCCAGAAUAGAAGCGCAAGAUCUGUUAAAACAACAAGGAGACUUCUUGGUCCGAGAGAGUCAUGGGAAACCUGGUGAAUAUGUCCUUUCUGUAUUUUCUGAUGGACAAAGGAGACACUUUAUCAUACAAUUUGUUGAUAACAUGUAUCGUUUUGAAGGCACUGGGUUUUCAAAUAUCCCUCAACUUAUAGACCAUCACUAUACAACAAAACAGGUCAUCACUAAGAAAUCAGGUGUAGUUCUGCUGAAUCCUAUUCCUAAGGAUAAGAAAUGGGUUCUCAAUCAUGAAGAUGUCACAUUGGGAGAAUUACUGGGCAAGGGAAAUUUUGGUGAAGUAUUUAAGGGCAUAUUAAAGGAUAAAACUGCUGUUGCUGUUAAAACGUGUAAAGAAGAUCUUCCUCAGGAACUGAAAAUAAAAUUUUUACAAGAAGCCAAAAUUCUCAAGCAAUAUGAUCAUCCCAAUAUUGUCAAACUUAUAGGAGUUUGCACACAAAGACAGCCUAUCUACAUAAUUAUGGAACUGGUUCCAGGAGGUGAUUUCCUCUCCUUUCUGAGAAAGAAGAAGGAUGAAAUAAAACUCAAACAAUUAGUGAAAUUUUCAUUAGAUGCUGCUUCUGGUAUGGCCUAUCUUGAGAGUAAAAACUGUAUACACAGGGAUCUUGCUGCAAGAAACUGUCUGGUAGGUGAAAAUAAUGUUCUGAAAAUCAGUGACUUUGGAAUGUCUCGUCAAGAGGAUGGUGGAGUGUAUUCAUCUUCUGGCUUAAAGCAGAUUCCCAUUAAAUGGACGGCACCAGAGGCUCUUAAUUAUGGGAGAUACAGCUCUGAGAGUGAUGUGUGGAGCUUUGGCAUCCUCCUCUGGGAGACCUUCAGCUUAGGGGUCUGCCCGUACCCUGGAAUGACAAAUCAACAAGCUCGGGAACAAGUGGAAAGAGGAUACCGAAUGUCAGCCCCUCAGCAUUGUCCAGAGGACAUUUUUAAAAUUAUGAUGAAGUGUUGGGAUUAUAAACCUGAAAACCGGCCCAAGUUCACUGAACUUCAGAAAGAGCUCACUGUCAUCAAGAAGAAAAUCACAUAGUGACAGAACAGUGCAAACUCAGCCUCCAGGACUUGGUCCUCCAGCAGAGUAAUAUUGUUCUUCUCAUUAACAAUGAGUUUAUACCACGUUAUGUGCAACAGUCUUCUAAGGUUAUUUUUUUUUUUAUUAACUGUUUUUUAAAUAUGUGCCGUUAAAAAAAGUCAAAGGCGAAUGCAUUCAAGAAACAGGUCAGUCCUACCAAGGGCUUUCUCAGCUCACCACAGCAAUCCUGCCAUUUCAGCCCUUUGUAAAUAGAAAAGCACAGGCUCUAAAUGUGAGGGGGAACCAAUCCAUCUUUUUCACACCAGGACCAUCGAUGUUUCUCAGAGAUUUUUUACUUCAGACCCAGUUCACGGCUGCUGUCCCAUGCCACAGACCCUACUCGAUCGGUGCUAUCAGCUGCAUUGGUAAUGCCAUGUCUGCAGGACACAUUCCAACCAAAGUUGGCUUUCUGCUCUGCCAAGGCAAGAGUGUAUUUGUAAACAUCAUUUUAUAUUGAGCAUUAUUUAGACCUCCUAGGGGUUUUCUUUCCUUUCUCACCAGAAAUAAGCACAGUGUAAGAAUCCUCACAUUCCUGUCUUAUUGGUAAAGCUGUUGUUUCCCUCCCCUUUUGCCCAGGCAUCAGAAAAUGAUGCCUGGAAUGUCCUCAAAGAGCUCUUAAUUGAGGCCACGGCUUUUAAAGAAUGUUUCAGAUAGCUGUGACGGCAAGAAGUAAGUUGGAACAGGAGGACGGUCUGGAGAAAGGGGCAGCUAAAGUCAUCAUCAAGGAGAAGGAAAGGAAAAUAGAAAAUCUGCCUUCUUACCAGAGUUAUGCCUUUAGACACACACACACGCUUUAUUUUAUGGUCUGAUUCAUGAAAAAGGUUCUAAGAAAUGUUUUCAGGAGUUCACAGAUAGAGCCUUCUUGUCAACAAAAAAUUCUUUAGAGAAAUUCCAAAGCACGAGGCUACAGAAAUAACAGCAUAAUUUUAAGUACCUUCAUUUGAGAGGAGACACCCCAGAAUUUAAUUCUGCUCAUUUGUGCCAGUUUCCAGAGCUGUCAGAAUUUCAUGAUUCUAGUUCAUAAACACAUCCAUGUGUGUACACACAUGGGCAUGCGCCCCCACACAGACACACACACACACAUAAUACCGAGAAACCUGGCAGUAAAUUGGUUAAGAAGUCAAAUGAACAUUAUUAAGGAAAAAGCUCUAGAGAUAGCCCUCCUUUGUCCACCUUCCCCCUUCAUGUACUCUUAUACUGCUACCUGAAAAUUCUUAUCAUUAGCCGACCCAUACAUGAGCACAGUCUGGAGAUGCUUCAUAUGAAUAAAAUGGAACAGAGUUUAAACUAGGAUUGUCUUUAGCUGAAUCUUAGCUUCAUCCAGGGAACUUACCCCAUGGUCUGUAUAUAGUUGCCUCUCAGGAUAAAUAUGUGUGUAAGAGAUGGUCACGCUCAGGGGUAAAUGUGGCCUGGGAGCUUUUAAUAAGUGCUCAGGCCUGUGUCCAAAUAGCACAGUAGUGAUUAUUUGGUCUACAGUCAUUGGAAGAGCUUAUGGGAUAGAAAAUUCCUCCUGCCCCCUCCACCUAUUUGCUGCCUAGGAAUGUCACUGCACACAACUCACACCCAGUACUACUUUCAAGAGUAAACAGGAUAAUACUGAGGAGAAAACUGGCUUGUGUCUACCACUUCAAUCUCCUUGAAGUUUCAUACACAUUUAAUGAUUACCACAUCCGGACGAAAAUGAAAGCGUAAUAAACUUGCCCGCAAAAAUAUUGCAAUAUACAAAGUAACUCUUUUUUAAUCAGCAUUGUUUCCCUUCUGUCAAAUAUUAUGAGUAAAAGGAAACCUUCUUUUGAUGGCAUAUACUGUGGUAAAUCAAAGCACAGACUCAUGAAUUAAGAUUAAGAGCUCUGGUCUUCAGGCACUUGUCAGCCUUCAAAAGCAAGAAUAAAAUGGGGACAUUUCCACCCUUUGCCAGUAUUUCCAAGUGCAUCUCUCUGUAAUAUUCUUUGUUUAAAGAAAACAGCCUCCCAUCACUUAGCAGCCGCACUGCUAAGCUCUCAGCAAAGAGAGAUAAUGAUAGUUUGGGCUUUAAUUUUGUGAACAAGACCUGAAGCUUAAUCAUUGCGUUCUGGUGUAAAGAACGAACAUGGCAUUGAUGUUUCACUCAUCCAGGCUGUUAGAAUUUGCAGUUCACAUCGUAACUGUGUGCUUAAAGAAGCUUUUCAAAACAUCGUGACAUCUGCAGCAUUUAAAUUCUAUCUUAUUCUUUGUCCCAAAGCAGGCAGUGGUACAGUUCAGGAUUAAUAACUCAUCGGGAGUCUUUCAGGAUCAUAUCAGUUAUAUAGAAUAUUAAAUUUAAUAUAGGCACAUGCAUUAAGAAAAACUUAUGCAGACUGUUUUUUACUGUUAACUUUGUUGUGCUUGAAGCAUAAUUUAUUCAUCCCUUCUGUCACAGAUAAUUAUUGGAAUUAUGUACUUUAGGAGGCUAAUCCAUACCCAGAAAGCAUACACACAGAUUCUCCUCUGAAUUUGCAAGUUGAUAUAGGGAAAGAAGGAUUCGGAAACACAUAAAAUCCUAUGACUUGUUUAGUAAGAAAACAGUAACCAAAAUUUGAGUAACCAAAAUUUGAGUAACCAAAAUUGCCACUGGUCUGAAUGUAAUUCAGCCAGGUCACAAAUCUUUGUGUUGUUAAUAGAUUUUUUCACGUGUUGCAUCUGUUACUCCUAUGUAGUUUCUGCCAUAAUUCCUUAAAUUUAUGAAUAUGGAGUCGCUGGGGGGGCGGGUAAGCCCAGGCAGCCUGACUCUCACCUGCAUUUUUCUAUCUUGAAUCACCAAGGAGCCUUUAUGAGAAGUAUUUAAGUAGCUCAUCAUUUUUCAAGGAAAGAAAUCUUUUAUUGUCAAAUUAACAUUUAUUACCGACAUGUGAAACCUAAAAUUAUUUUGCACUCCAUAUAAUCUAAGGUUACUUCCCAAAGCCAACAUAUUCUUUCUCUUCUAGGAAAUAAUAAUAAAGGAUGAAUAGGCUUUGUUUAGACUUUCAAAACCAGAGGUUUUGUUUUAGUCCAUCCUGCCACUAGGUCCCCAGUGCAAGGUCUUAUGUAAUCAUUUCUCUCUUAUCUCCCAAAUUUAAUAUAGUCAAUAAAAUUCUUCAUCCAUAAUUCACCAUUUUAUCACAGAUACGAUAUUACUGAAACCUGUUACUAGCACACCAGUGUAGAACAUGAGUCUGAUUGCUUCAGCCAAUUUUCAGCACACAUUUCACAACUGUUUUUCAUUUGAGGGUUGUUUUAAAAGAAAAGAAAAUGUUUAGUCAUUGAAAUAGUCUUAAUUUCCUUUAAACCAUGGUAUGGUUUUCUUGUCUGUGUUAUACUCAUUGUUUCAGUUUUGCCAUAUAGUUUUAUAUAAAGUUUGGCUAAUACCACUAAAAUAACCGUGGCUUCACAAUACUGGUAUGACUUGUGUCAAGAAGAAAGUGUUUUAAUUAUAAUAUAUGCCACACACUGAGGAUCUUGUAGUGGGAUAAACAUAAAAAUGAGAACGCAAAAAUACAUGUCUAGGUCGUAUGUUACUGUCGUUCGGUUACCUCAGUCACACUACUUUCCAGUUCACUCAUCAGAUGUUCUAAAAAUGUACCUGAAAACCUUCCUUAGGAUACCGUAUGGACACUGUUCUGUGGCUGUGUGUCUUUUGACGUGAGAUCAGUUGAUAACUUUCUGAAAAGAGGGUUGGUUUGUUUGUUUGCCUCAACCCUCUUUUUACAUAUACGUACCCCCCCAUCACACCAUUGGUAUUUUAGUUGUUUCUUAUCAACAGAAUUGAUUGUCCAUAAACACUAUUCUGAGUCAUGUAAAGUCUGACUUUUGUAUUUAGGAGGUCAAAGCCCUCACACAAAAUAGAAUAAUGCAAAAUACAAAGAACAAAAAGGGACAGACAAUUGAAAAAGACAUGGUUUAUGUAUUAAUGUUAAUUAAAACAAAGAUUUUAUAUGAAAAUGAGUUUAUAUUACAGUUCCAUUACACUAUUAAGUUAGCAUGAAAGUUUACCAUUAAAAUAAAGUGUUACCUCUUUUAUUACUAACUCUGAUUUGCUUAUA